AUGAAGCCGAUAGCAAUAUUUGUGCUGUACAUUGAGAUUUACGUAGGUCUUCGUGUCGUAGCCGAGACCAAGUGUGGAAAUGCUAAGUGUUCCUCAGUCUCCUUGCAGCAGCAAGGAAAAAGCCUUGGUAAGUUUUAUAACGUAUUGUUAUUCCUAAGAAAAUAUGCACUAUACAUAGGUCUGCGUACAACGUGUUGAUCAGAUGACUCUCAAGAUUGGAUGUGAUUCGUAAAAAAGUAUGUACUAUAAAAUCUUCGAUGUCCACAAGCAAGAGCUUUAGUAAAAUCAUUCAUAGGACAAACAAUACAAGCCCGAUAUGAUCUAAGAUUAAUGUAUAAAAUCCAAGGAGUCAAAAAUCGCAAUUAAAAUGUAGCGACAUGACCAAGUAAUCUCAUAUCUAUUCAAUCAUGCCACUUCAUUCUGUAAACUUCUGAAGAUACUGAAAUUAUCAAUAUGCAAUAGACCCUAAGCAGUGACAGCAAAGGAAAAAGUUCCAGCUAUAAACAGUUACGAUAUUUAAGCAAAAUGUCGCAGCACAGAAAUAAGUGAAAAUGCUAAAAGUCCUGAGAUGGCAUCUUUGAAUUGGUUCCGUAUAUUGCGGUGUAGAGAAGCGUCGAGUUCACGGGUCACAAGUGAUCCCACUCUAAAAUAUCUUAAAAGAAAAAAUGUCUUUUCUCAAUUCAGUCAGUGGCGAUUGUUUAGAAAAAGCCAGUCGUCGAAGAGGAAAGGCCUUGAGCUAAAAAUAUUCUGCUGGAAAAUUUUUUAUAUUGUUGCUACAGAAGUGAGAAUAGCCAUGCUGUUAUCUGUCAACAGUUGUUGUUUUUGCUGUGAUGUAUUAAGCUCGCCUCCUCUUACCAGUUUAUAAGCAAGCGUGCGGUUAGCCAUGGUUAUCUAUGAUGAGCUUUAAAUGAUCGAUCGUUUACAAACUCUUUGAUAAGUGCUUAAAAUAUCCUUUGGGCUACCUGGCGAGGAAAUUGUGGUCUUACUGGGAUCAAACACACACCAUUUCAAUCAGCACAAUUCUACAUCAAACCACUACGAUCGGACCAACUGACUGUCGUUGGGCGGUUUACACAACUGGCCCAAUAAUGUAUUAUUUACGCAAGGAAGGUUUUGGAAAUAUAAGGUGGCACUUAAUAUUCAGGACAUUUGAUGUUAAAAUUUUUUUAACCGGGAAAAUUCCAACCUUAAGAUUCUCCGCCAUGAUUUAAUCUCAAUUACGUUUGGUGUGUUUGGUUCAACUGGGUAUGCCUUGGGGCAUAUUCAACCGUCAUAUUUUACAAGAUGACGCAGAGAGAGCUCGCGUGCUUGGAGCUACCUGCUAUUUGUUAGUCGAGAAAUCGAGAAAUAUCGUGACCUCGUAAGUUUUAACCCAUGAACAUAACGCCUUGCGGCUCGUCUGUAGUGGUGAGCUCGUAAAGGCAACGAGCGAGAGAAACGUGCACAAUGAAGUACCAACUUUAGAUUUUAAUGCAAGGUUGACAAUUGUCGAAAAAUUCGCUUUGAAUUGCUUUUUAAGUCUCACCGUUUAGCACUUGAAAAAAUAGUUUGAUUAUCCCAGAUUAAACACGCGCUAGCCUUAUCUCAGGAUCGAAGGAAAUGUUGGCUGUUUCAUUUGCUGUUUUCGGGCAGCACAUAUUGGAUAAGUCUUCAUUUUCGCAGUUCUCGUAUUACUGACUAGAAACAGGUAGGUCUUUCCGAUAGCCGUUAACUUAAAAAUGUUACGAAGACUUUAGAACAACACAUGUGUACACAUUUUGCUUCCCUCGCUAUGCAAGAGUACGCAAUUCGAUACAAGGUCGGCUUUUUUCACAACGGCGGGCGAGCUUUGAAAAGGUCUAAAGUUUCUAGUCCAAUAUUCCGCCUUUCGGAUAACUUUGAGAGUGCUGCUCCACCUACCGCAGACAAAGGAAUUGCGAACAUUUCGGGUUGACAUCCUUAUACAAGAUGAUCUUACAUUUAAACAGUAAUAUCUAAGAUGAUGUCAUAAAACUAUUUUUUUCCUUUUCAGAGGAAACGUCUAUACUAUAAACGGAACUGGUUCAUAUGUUUUCUCAGCAGAUUCUUGUCUUUCCUGCAUAUAGAAAAAAAGUACUAGUGGUCUCCAAGUUUUGAACACGCCAUUUUUUCGUCCACGCGGAGACUUCCGACAAAACUAAGCCUUAAAAAGGGAUUUGUUUGUUUUCUUAACCGCUUCUUUUCGUUACAAAUUGGAACCUUGGUUGGUUUUAGCCGAAAAAAUGCGCUUAGCGUUAAGAGUUUUUCUUGCUUUUGUUUGAAAAAAACAAAAACUGAUUAACACAUUUUUAAUGGCAGAUUUGAAUUCUCACAGUAGGCGAGAUUGUCAUAACGUUCGUUGUUCAAAGGGAGUAGAACACAUCCUAGCAACACUACUUCCUCUCCUCUCCAAAAAGGAGUAUCGGCGACUUUUCAGGCAAAUCUGAUUAAAGCAAAACCUGUUUGACAGAAACAAAGGACCCUUCUAUAAGCAAGUAACCAAGCAUUAUCGUAAUUAAUCAAAUGUUUCGGACCAUUACGAAGAAUUCUCGGCAAAGUUUUUCUUUGGUUCGAUUACAGUUGUCUUUUCUAGCCCGCUUAGAUUUAAUAUCUUUUUGGAACAAUUGUUGAAAAAGCUAUGCCUGACUCAUCUUUAAAAGAGGCCAGUUUUAGUAUUACAUUUGUUUUGUUUGCUAGUUUAAUCCGCUGUUUGCGGCUACUGCUCAGCGGAAAAUGGUACAUAUAGUUGAUCCAGGUUCUAUAUUUUCUUUGAUUAUUUACUCAGAUUAAGUGUAUUUAAUCUAUAUUUAAAGUUCACUAUGUGGAUAAUGGCCGAUAUCGCAGAGCAAACAAAAACCCUGACAUCGAUGUCUUUUCUUAUAGACAGUCUCGAUAAACUGAACUAAAAGAACCCACCAAUUGAUUUCCUUGUAAUCACACAUAUAUUAGAUUAAUCACAUGAGGUGGUAUCAAUUUUUAUUCCCCUCGUACCCUUAAUGAAUAUUAGAUGAUAGAUAUAUACUGAUGGCCGAGGCGUCGAGAACCUUUGUUUAUCACUAAAGACUAUCUAUACAGAUCAUCACGAAAAAUAUAAAAUAAGGUCAUGUGUGCGGAAUGUUAUGCUUUCAAGCAAAAUCGAUCUAUCGUUCUCACUCAUUCGCUUUAGAUUCAGCACAUGCAAUGUUAAGUUUAACGUUUGAACAAGUCGGAAAGUAACUGAGAAAUUUUCAAAACACCAGCCAGGUCUGCCUGUAGAUCUCAUCUUUUUUUGUCAGCUUUAAAUUUCUUUGGCUACAAACAGGAAAAACGAAAUGUGCACUCCCCGGCGAGAGUUCAUUCAAGGAUGGUUUGACCUCUAUAUAUGAGCUCACAUGGAUUGAGGAAAUGAUUGAAGAAAGAUAGGGACCAACUCAAGGUGUCUGUAUUAGAGAGUUAUCCGUUAAGAAAGAGUCGACGUUAAGAUUAGAGACGCACUGGGCAACAGGGUGGAGUCGUUCUAGAGUUUUGAUUGGUUAUCUGGGCUGAUAAGAAAAAGCUGUCUUUUCCGUUCGGAACUGCCCGCCUAAUGUUACAGUAUUGAAAAUUUUUCACUCCGCGGUGGAGUCAAUACUUUAAAUACUUUAUUAAACAAGUUUGUUCGUUCAAGUAAGUGUUAAAUUUGGUGGUAAGAGCAAAUCCUCGAAACCGUACACCUAGCGUUGGUCCCUAACUUUCUUCAGUCCUUUCCAAGACUUCUAUGACGCAGACACCUUGAGACACCUCUUCAAAAGUGUCUAAGAGACAGCUAAUUUCAGACUGUUCUUUGAAUUUUGAUUGUUGACGUUUUGUAGGGAUAAAACAAUCGCCAUUAACCAAGUAAUUUACAUUGUGGCCCACAAACUAAGGACAGAAAAAAUUGAAAUAAACAAGUAAGAAUCCGAGUUGCCUGGAGGCAAACCAGUCAGCUACUUACGAGCAUGGACUAUGAGUUAAUUAAAACUGGGGACAACCCUGAACAAAUCCAGCCAUAGCGCUCAGUCCUAGACUUGAACUCAAAGCCUUGGGGUUGCCAGUCUAGCGCUCUAACGAACCUUUUCGUAAGCCACGUUGUCCCCCUUCGUGCCUGCAAUGGAGUUGAUUAAGAGUGUAUAGACCACCGCAAAGAGCGGUUUCGAUUGCAGACAUUCCGAGCUCGUGGCCUUUGUUAUUCUAACGCUACUCUUUUCAAAACGUAUAUUUACAACCUACAAAAAAGGACAUCUCGUAAUGUAUUAUGUUUAGAACGUAUAGAUAAGUUCAUGGGUAUAUUUUAAUGUACAUAUCUUCUUCUUGUGAUCCCUAUAAUUUCUGAAGAAAAUAUUUCGUUGAUUUUCUUCUUGCUAUAAUGAAUGGCUGCUUUCCAUAUCCACCUACGCAUUACACAUUAGUUACAAACGUUUUUAUCUCUUUGAAAGCUUUAAGUAUUGGCCUGGUUCCUGUUUUUGUAUUUUCAUUGUCAUUGGUAAAAUGCGGAUUUAUAUUUAUUUAGGGCAAUGAUGACCGAAUAUCCAUACGCCCUGACCUAAUGUGCGGUUAAUAACGCAUGCAUGUCGUCCUGGCCACUCCCUGUUUUGUAUAUUUCUUUUCGUGUCAUGAGGCGUUGCAAAAGCAAAUAUCAGGUCUGUUGUCUUAAGAGCCCAUGACUGUAAAUAUCGAGAAUCGCUGGCCAGGCUAAAAAAAUCGAAAAUUCUGAUAAUUUGUCAGAAAAACCCCUUUGGGGAACUAUCUUCGAAAAAAAUAUUUUCAACUUUCAAGAAUCUAUAGUUUUCGAGAAAAUGAGGAAAAACGAAAAUAGCGGUUUUUACCUAAUUAAUUAUGCAAAAAUUAGAGUAAAAAUGACCUACUUUAUCGCGUCUAUACCGAGGCAAGAUUCAAAGCUAUAAACCAGAAGUAUUUUUGUUUAAAAGCAUUCUAUCUUUUCUUUCUAUCCAUGGUAUGUUUUAAACCAUAAACAUGAUUUUGAAUUUUUAACGGUUUUUCAAAAACUACCACCAAGCGCACUUUUUAAAAUGGCUAAAAAAUGAGCAACUUCAGAGGCAAAAAACUCACCUUGGUAUGUGUGAUACCUAGCCAAAAUGUAUACUAGGACAAUGUUCAGCUCUUAUAUUAACAGAAUAUGAAAUAAAAAAUCUGGGUACUCCGGAUUCGCCUUUACAAAAUAAAAAGUUUCGUGACCACCAGUGGAAAAAUGUCACAAAUUUGCAUAAGUCAAAUUUGUAGAGAAAUGAUGCCGCCUGAUUUUUCUUUGUAGUUUCGGUACGUGGUAUAUUCAAAACGUAGGAGAAAGGAUGAAAGCGCCUUUAAAUGAAGCUAAAAUUAAGUAAAGGAUCUGAAAAAUUGAUAUCCCUGAUAACAAAUUGCUGUGAAUGUUGGUGACACAAUGUGAUAAAUUUGCAUAUAAACACAUAAAUGCAUCUGCAUAUAGGACGGGUUUCAAUACUGUUAGCAUCACGCAAUAUUUGGAACUUGGAAUAGCAUAACCAAGAGAAUAGCUAAUGUUAAAUGUUUUGUAUUUCGUAUCUUAGCUCUUCUUAAUUGUACAUUACAAAAUUAAGGUUGCUCAGCAAUUGGAGUACUGUAUUCUGCAAUUGCGUGACUGUUGUCAAACUCAUCACCGUCAGACUCUUUUUUUACCGGUGUAAAGAAAUAUUAUUCAUGUCAGAUGACUUAACUUUACUUUAUUCACCUGAAUGAAUUUCGCGGUCACACAUCUUUCUUGGAGUGGGCACAUGCUUUUAUGGUACCGAUAGUUCAUUCGUCAAGGUAUUUUAGGGGAUUUGCCAUUAAUAACAUUAUACAUCAGACCCUAUGAGUUUUCAAUCAAUAAAAAUGCGAAAUAGUUAAUUUUCUCAGUAGUUUUUCAAAGUUAUAUUUUGGUGAAAUUGCCACGUCUCGCAUAUUAAAAAUAACGUAAGUAAAGACAAGAUUAAAGUAAUCAUUGCCCCCUUUUCUCUCCUGUCUUUUCUGAAAUUCUUCCACCUCCUCUUUCUGCCUCUUCACUGUUCGUGCGUUCAACACUUUCAGGUCCAGACACGAUUUCGAACAGCCAAAGAUGGUCAAAGAUCGUCAAGUGGACCGACCCGUAAUUGUGCCAUUGAUUAGUUGAAAUCCUGAUUGAACAGACCCUCACGAAUCCUUGCAAUUGUCCUCUCAAUAGAAAAAGUAAAUCAGAUGGAGGGAGUGCUGCCGACACUGGGGUCGUUUUGGUGUUUUUUCACCAUGAAUAUCCUUCAUGAACCCAUCUAGCUUUCCAUUUAUUCACCAAGGUUAUAAACUGAUCAAAGUCAACAAGAAUAGAUUUUUCCACUGGUACCUCAUUUAGCAAAUUUUCACCUAUCUUCAUGUAUCUUGAGAGAGUUACACACACACAAAAAGCAACAUUUGGGGUAAAAAAAUCUACUUCUAGAUUUUCUAUUCACCUUCUAUUCUCUACUGAUUAAUUAAAUGUCCCUUUCCUGAAAAGUUUACCAGCCAAAAUUCUUUGCAAAGCAAAGACAGUCAGAAGACGAUCAAGUGCCGGAACAACAGAAGAAGAAAGGCAAAGGGAAAAAAGAGAGCGGGAGAGAAAGAUCGAUAUAGGUUCGUAAGAGAUGUCAAAUUUUGGCUUCUGUGAAUGCGCCAAAAAAGCUUCUAAAUUAGUGUAAGUCCAAUUGAGCAGUCUAGUGUUGCAAAUCUUUUUCAGCCAUUCGCAUAUCAACCUAACUGGCUAGCCUGCAUAACAGGUGUGCGUUUUUCAGGCGAGCGAAGGCAAUUAAGCCCGAAGCCGGAGCGAAUGCAAGCGCGAAGCGAGUGAGGAGAGCCAUUAAGGGGUAUGUCUGGCGCUUCUCACUCACUUUGUGAUUGCCUUCGUUCUCCUGCAAAAACGCGAAAAAAAUAACGCCUGUUAUGCAGGCUCUAACUGGUUGAAAGGCGGUCCAAAAGGGAGGAUUUGGUCAAAAGGCAGGGUUUUCUUCUACUAAAAUUGGCCGUCAAAAAAGAGUUAAAGCGGCUAUGCCAAGCUAAUUGCUAGUUCAUUUUAAAAAGCUAAUAUGGUCUUCAUUUCGCAUCAAUUUAGUUCCAAAAAUUAUGGUCCAGUUUUGUUAUGUAAGACUAUAUUUAGGCACUGAAACUGUUUCCUGUCGCGUUCUGUUACUACUGAUGGCCAGGAUGGACAUGGACUGAAAAUUGGAAAUAUUGGGCCAUCUUUUUCAAGUUUAAAUGCAUCACCCAAAAAGAUAUUUUUGCUAGUGAUACCUGAUAAAAUGAUACUUAUAAGUCUUCACUGAACAUUUUUUGACUGGGUAAGGGCAGUAAGUAAUGACUUUAGCACAGAAUUAACCUAAAACAGCAAAUAUACUGAUUUGGGGUCUUCUUGACAAGAACUGUCAUAGGGUGCCCAGAUCCCCCGCUUCACACACUGAUCAUGACAAUCUGUAACCAGCUGUUGUCAUGUUUCGUUCCUGCGGAUAUAUAAUAUUGGAUACCGUCCAAACUGAAGGACAGUGUAAUUAGAGGGCGUGCUGCUAAGAGGGAAAUAUUUAAAUAUUGGAUUUUUUUGGCCUGGUAUCACAAAUGGCUAGAUCUAAAAUUUUCAUGGUCAAAAUUCUAGACCAAGGAAAAAAUAUUUUUCCGUAAUUUUUUUGGUAACGACACAUGUUAUUCAGCAAUUAAAUAGCCCCCACCCCCUCGCAUAUGCCAUAGCUAAACAUCAAUUUAAGAGCAGUUUUAUCGCAUAACUCUUCUUUCCCUUUGUCUGAAGUUCUUUCCUUCUUUACUUUGGGAAACGGUUAGGCGUAAAUCAAACCGCCGAUACCACUUACUUACCUCGCUAUGUUAUUUAGCUCCUUGGUCGCUAUCAACUACCCUGCGAUCAGAGGCCCUUCGAUCUUCCUAGAUAAGUCGCGAAGAGGAAGAGAAGGGUGUUACUAUCAACUGGACAGUGAUUCGAUCGGACGUUCCGGUGUGAAGGCACGAGUUGGGACAUUGCGGGUACUGACGUUAAUACUCCUGAGCAAAAGGCAGGUAUUUCUUUCAACAAAACUCGGGUCUGCUGCAAACUGAAAAACGUAGUCAAGUUACGCUUUUACUCUGCGUCGCCCACUGCCCGGUUAGUAAAUGGUACUUACGCCGAUAUAAGUUCGCUGCUGCAUACUGCGAUAGGCCGGCGGCGUCAAGGAUGACCUUUCUGAUACCUUUCAUUUCACGAUGAUGCUACGUUUUGCAGACACUCGACAUGGGUGGGAGUUGGUUAGAGUAGCUCAAAAGUGGUGAACAAGGAGUCUUAUCUUCCAUGGACAAAUCCUAGUCGCAUCGUCGUGAAAAGUGAUUUACUCUGUUGGACUACAGUUGAACCUCUAUGUGCGACAACCUAUCCAAAACACCAAAACCCACCCAAUUUAAUUACAGUUGGAAUCUCUCCUGUAAGCGCCCGCGACCACUAAUUGGGGCUGUUUUUAACCUCGUGUAAGCGACCACCUGACGAGUUUCUGAUGUCUUGUGGUAGGAACAACAACAACAUGGAACUGCACAUAUCGUAACUUGGAAAUUGCACGCAAUAAAUUAUCUUCCUUAAAGUAGAUGUGUCCAGUUUUCUUCUCAAAGAAACCUCCUGUGGUUCGAUUCUCGUAAGAGAGCACCUCCUGUUAGCGACCACUAAGUCUGCGCAUUUUGGGUGGUCGCUUUCGGGAGGUUCGACUGCAGUCUCCUUUUCCAGUUCUUCGGCGGUGUCGGUUGGAACUUGUUUUGGUUCAUAAAAUUUCAUAAGCAGAAGCAAAUCAGUGAAAGAAGGCGGAGUUGCUCGAGACGUCGUUGCGUGACAUUGUUGCUCUAACUGUUAGUUUAUGACUUCCUCUCACGCAGUGUAUCCCGUUCGCAAAUAAAAUUUCAAGGAAAAUGUACCUUACCUAUUUUAGACAUACCGGAGGCGAAUUUACGAUAAUACAGAUGGAUGCUAAUACAAGGAAGUUAGGAAACGAAACGAGAGACAUGGGAUAUAGUUUACUUAAGAAAUUCGGCGCUCUUAUAUAACGCUUCUUCGAGGUCGGCUUUUUAUUAUUAUUUUUUUGUGAACGGUUUAUUACUCUGAUAUUUUAACAUAAACUUUAUCAAAAAGUGUUUUCUUACUUCGUGAUGUUUCCGAACAUUCCAUACUGACCCUGAAUUGAAACAAAACCGGCUGCCGCAACAUUCUCUACAAAUUUGACUUAUGCAAAUUUGUGACAUUUUUCCACUGGUGGUCACGAAACUUUUUAUUUUGAAAGGGCGAAUCCGGAGUACCCAGAUUUUUUAUUUCAUAUUCCGUUAAUAUAAGAGCUGAACAUUGUCCUAGUAUACAUUUUGGCUAGGUAUCACACAUACCAAGGUGAGUUUUUUGCCUCUGAAGUUGCUCAUUUUUAAGCCAUUUUAAAAAGUGCCAUUGAUGGUACUUUUUAAAAAACCAUAAAAAAUUCAAAAUCAAGUUUAUGGUUUAAAACAUACCAUGGAUAGAAAGAAAAGAUAGAAUGCUUUUAAACAAAAAUACUUCUGGUUUAUAGCUUUGAAUCUUGCCUCGGUAUAGACGCGAUAAAGUAGGUCAUUUUUACUCUAAUUUUUGCAUAAUUAAUUAGGUAAAAACCGCUAUUUUCGUUUUUCCUCAUUUUCUCGAAAACUAUAGAUUCUUGAAAGUUGAAAAUAUUUUUUUCGAAGAUAGUUCCCCAAAGGGGUUUUUCUGACAAAUUAUCAGAAUUUUCGAUUUUUUUAGCCUGGCCAGCGAUUCUCGAUAUUUACAGUCAUGGGCUCUUAAGUCUGGAUAAGGUCUAAUAUUAUCAUACUAAAUAUAUCGCUAUUUAGUGUUUUUGUCAACAACCAUCAUCAACUCGAAUAGACUGAAAAAAAAAGGAAAAAAAAGAAAAGAAGAAAAAAAACAAGAGAUCCUUUACCUGGGAGACAUCGCAGACUCUUGGUAUUUUCCUGCUUGGGAGAUAACACACUGGAAUAAAUAUUCAUGUGGUAGAAACUGAGAGACUGAGAAGAAAAUAGAGUGCUAUAAGAAAGUAACGACAAGCUUUCGUUAUUUAAAUAUCCCUGUGUACCUCAAAAGCUACAUUGUAGUUAAAGCUAAAUAAUAAUUCUCGUUAUACGCACUUAAAUCGCCGUCUCUAAUGCACGAAAAAUUAUCCCGCGGGUACUUUUUAAAAGUGUAAGCAAUAAAGUUCUUGCUCGCAAGCUUCGCAUUUUCAGCUUCAUUUGAAGUUAACGAAGUCAAGCUUGAGUGUCAGAUUCACGGUUUCAUUUGCAACAGAAUGAACAAAGAUAGUAAAGUCGAAAAGAAUUGUAGGUCGGAACAUCAGUAUAGGUAAACUGGAUUAAUUAAUAGCUUUCCUGUUUACUUGGGAAAAAAGCGGGUUAUUUGUAGUUUCGAACAUUAGAAAAAUAAUGAAAAAAAGAAAAAAAAAGGUAACAAAAUGCGGAUUUCUCUUUGGAGAAAGUGAUGUCGAAGGAACUCUCUUUACUUUCACUUUCAAAGCUCUUUUUUGUUUCAUGGGUACCCCGCAACUUAAGCAAGUCUACUUAUGUAUAAGCCAACAUAAUCUAAGUAUAAAAAUUUUUUACAUAACUUGGGUCUUUGUUAGUGUUGCGGAAACUUUUUUAAGCUAGCUAUUGUGUUGUCGUGUGGGCAUUCUUCAGAUGUCUUUUAAUUUCAAUGUUUCAUAUUACGUCAUUUGGUGAUCGCACUCGUCCGCAAUAUCAAUUAAUUAUUGUCGGGCAGGCAAAACAAACAACCAACGAGCUUAAUGUUCGCUCCCCAAUAGGGUUCUUCAAUCCCGUAAUCCCGACCCAAAAUUCCGUGCAAUCCCGUAAUCCCGAUGGUUAUUUUGACAUCCAACUUCACGGGCAUAAUUUCAAUCCCGAAACUUGCCUCGAUUUUGCUUUAUAAUCCCGAAUCUCGAGCCUCCAAAAGCGAAAGGGCUUGCUGGGGACAUCUCAUCAUCGUGCAUUUAUUUAGAGUAUAUGCACAUCGAACGUAUGCACCUCAAUGAAUGUACAAGUUUACACGAUGCAGUGAAUGGGCUCUGAACAUUACGUUAAAUUCGCAAGGAGACAUACUGUUUUCAACGCAUUAUUCUUUUUUGAUCUCAAAACUCAAACGAAAAAUUACCAUAAUUAAAUCUUUUCUUGGGUACUUGUCUUUAAUUCGGAACACCUGCUCUUUGUAAAUAGAUCGCAAAAUUUGGACUUUUCCCGUCAAUUUUGUGUCCAUCAAUUCAGCGCAGAUGUAGAGCGUCACGAGGUGGCGCUACAGAGCCGUAAACUAAAUUUGGAAUUUUUAAGAAUUUGUUAUUGUGUUUCUUUCUAGAUGAAGUAAAGAAACAGAAAGUAGCAGACCACCUGGAGGAUGACAAGUAUACUUGCUGUGCUUGUGGUGGAGCAACGUAUGACAUCACUUUCACUGGUAAAGUUAUUAUAGAUGAAUUUAGGUUUCUGGGAAACUGCCCACCUUCCCCUCCCCUAAGCCAUCAUUUUGCCCUAAGUGAAAAGUAAUUGUUGAUGUUGGCUCAGGGGUGGGGUGGGUUGGCAGUUUCCCAGAAACCUGAUGAUCUGUUUGAAUGUAUCCAACACCAUUAUUGAACAAAUUAAAUCUCGCUAAUCGUGGAAUAAAUUUUAUCCCACGAUUAGAUUCUGUUCCUGAAAGCACGAUUAAGACUAAUCUAGGAAAAAACUACGUGUUAAAUUUAACCCACUUAGUAAGUCGAUUAACUCACUAAUCGGGGGAAAAAGUUUGUAAAAGCAAACAAAAUGGCGGACUUUCCGUUGGCACAAAUACGUGAAAAAAAGUUCCGACAGCAAGAAAUUGAUCUCGACCAAUUCACUGACGAAAAGCUUCGCAGUAGAUACAGGUUUGGCCAAGAGUCAAAAAAAUGUUUGGUAGAAAUCCUCAAGAACGACCUCGAGAGACAGACGAGGAGAAAACAUAAGCUGUUCCCAACGUGGUUACUACUUCAUGCAAUAAAUUUGGUCAGUAUAAAACAUGGACUGCGGACUGUGUUCUGAAUAAGGACUAUGUUAUAAAAACUCUUUCUAGGUACCCAUGAAACAAAAAAGAGCUUUGAAAGUGAAAGUAAAGACAGUUCCUUCGACAUCACUUUCUCCAAAGAGAAAUCCGCAUUUUGUUACCUUUUUCUUUCUUUUUUUCAUUAUUUUUCUAAUGUUCGAAACUACAAAUAACCCGCUUUUUUCCCAAGUAAACAGGAAAACUAUUAAUUAAUCCAGUUUACCUAUACUGAUGUUCCGACCUACAAUUCUUUUCGACUUUACUAUCUUUGUGUUCUGAAUAUAAGGACUAUGUUAUAAAUACUCUUUCUAGGUAGAUGAAGAAUUUCGGUUUCCUCUUCUUCUCCUUUGGUUUAACCUCGACCACUUCAUUUCCCGCCAUUUUCCCUUUACUUAACCCGUGCUUAAACAUGUUUCGCCCCAUAUUUUUUGAAAGCAAUCACCCGGAAAACUAAUUAAACCGGUCUAUUUUAACACUAAUCUCGGAUUAGUUAAUCGUGGGUUUAUUUCGGUUUCAGGAACUCCUUUUUAACCCUCGAUUAUUUAUCCGAGGAAUAAAAAAUUUAGUCGUGGAUUUGACGCUAAUCGGAGGAUAGCUUAAUCGGCUUUUCAGGAACCUGGGCCUGUAGAGAUAGGCCACAGCUAUUCAGUGAUUACAGUUUCAAGCCUACACGGACCAUUCAUUUUUUAUCUGUAAGCUAAUGAGCGGCAGUCCAACUCCACCAAAUUUUCCGCGACAGACUACAUAAACUACUUUUCAUAAACUCAGAUAACUCAGAAUUCUUAAAAGCGCACAAAAAAACACAACAAUAAUAACAAAUUAUUUUUUAUUUAAAGGUAAAUGGAGAGAAUCCACACAUCCUCGGCAUUUUCCAGGGAUUAUGGCACGCUGGUCUCCAUUGAUUGGUGCUUCACACAGCAAAGAUUACAUCAUUUGGGAGUAUGGGGGAAUGGCCUCCGCCGGAGUGACCAUGGUCAGCGAGUGGGGAGCUGUUUAUAAACUAAUAAAGGAGAUGAAAAGUCAGGGGGGAAAUGUUUACAGGUAUACAUUACGAAAAAAGGCUUUUCACCAGCUCUGCUGGCGAAGACGAUUAUUAAAGAAUUUCAAGACCCGGAGCAAAAUUUGAGACGAAAACGAAUAUUUCGUCCAAAUCGCUCGAACUUUAUCAGCGAUGGGAAGUGUCAAGCUGCGUUUUUUUCUCAAAUUUUGCUCACCUGAGUCUUGAAAUUUCUGUACUAAAUACAGGUAUAUAGUUUUACACUAGAGCUAAUCAUUGAUUACGGAUCCGCGUUCGUCACUUACGGAAAAAUUGCGGAAACGAAAUUGAGUCGAAACGAGUCCAGUUUCCCGGCCGAGGUGCCCCUGAUAAAAUUAAUAGGGGCAGCUAAUUUGCAGUCACCCGUGAUGUAGCUCGAAACUUUCUGCCUUAGUGCCACAGGAACACCAGAUUAGGAUGCGUUCUUAAGAACGCAAAAAUGCUCAAUGUUUUUUCACAGUGGAUGCGCACUUGCUUUACUUACAGUACUGCUUACUGUACUCUAGCCACUUUAAGGGUACUCCUCUGAAAUAAUCAGUAAAACAAAUAACCAAUUUGAACAUUGGAAUAUGGUUUAAAAACCCAACUGGUCGCAAGCAGUUUAAAAUUGGCCAUUUUCUUGUAUGGUGGACGACUUGAGCGCGGUACUCAAACUCGCGGCUUCCUGAAUCCAAAUUUUAUAUGAAGUGUUCUAGGCACCAAAUCCAAAGUAAUAAAUUUGACCAGUUACAUUAGACUUAGUCCGUCCAAAGAACAAAUUGGAACUAGAAGCAAACUUCGGCUGCAUAAAAAGACUCGCAAUCAAACUUAGAGAAAAGACACCUUGCUACUUGCGGUAACGCCUCUACCUUCUCCUUUUGGUGUUAAGAACACCACUUAUAACCUGCGUCGCAUAUUUAACUUCUUCUUUUCUUGUUAAGACCCAAAAAUACCCGGUGUAAUAUUGCCUGCAACAUUACGCGCAACAUCUUCUAAACAGCUACCAAGUCUGGCGCACUAUUCAGCGCAAUAAGGCCAGGAAGACAUGAAAAAGGAAAUUCUACUGUUGCAAUAUUGUCAGCAAUGCUGCGCACAACAAUUUUAGGAAUUGAGAAAUGAUGCAAUUUAGCCAUUGCACCCAACAUAGCACUCUGUACGUUUGUUUUCUCCUCGUUUCAGUGUUCCUUAAUUAGGCAAUUAGGUCAGAUAAAACCAGGGCCGGGUUUAAGCUGGGUCAAAGAUAACCGAGAGAGUGCAAAAUUUUAAUUUAGAUAGGAGAACCUAGAAAGCGAGUUCAGAUUAAUCCUUUUUGUCUCUAAUUUUAUGAUUGGAUGCACUGAAAAUAAAAGAGAAAAUUAUCCGAGAAAAUGCUUUUGAAGAAAAGAAAAAGAAACCCGGAUUAAAAUUUAACCCUGGGUUUGUGCUAAUCGGGGUUCGAACAACUGGGUCGUAUUUCUGUAAAAGUCUUUUUAGAGCGCUGACCUUAAGUUUAUGGGCUAAGGUGUUUGCACUUAUUCCAGCAUCAUCCAGACUCGAAUGCUAUACACAAGUCUUGGUCAGGUGUCCUCUACCUUCAAAGCAGACAACAGACGCAAUCUUGUGUCGGUGCUGGCAAAGAUAACACCAAGCCCGGACUGGAGCGUGGGCGUUGAUCGAAUUAAUCUGUGCGACGGAAAUUGCACUUGGAAAAAACAAAUCGUUCAGGAUCUCUACCCAUGGGAUGCAGGUAAAACAUACAACAACAAAGCAAUUAUUUUACUGCGCAAAGUAACAAUAUGAUAUAUAUGAGCAGGUAAAUUUGAGCAAGACGUGUCAGAGAGAGGGGGUCCCAAUAGCUCAUAAUGCAAUGUUUGCAGCUUAAUUAGAUUUUUCCACGGGGCGAGGGGGUUGUUAGAAAAGACUGGAAAAAUAAAUCUCUUCGCAGUGUUAAAAAAGGGUGAAUUUGAGGAAAACAGGUUAGAGACAGUGGGGUGGGUCUUAACGACACAAAAAUCUAAUGCAGACUCGUGUAUUAAGCUUAAUUGUAAUUUCCACGGGGUGAGGGAACUGUAACAAAGAUCCCUUCUGUAGUGGCGAGGGGACAUAAAACAAAUCCCUUCAGUAUGAACGGGGCAUUAUUUAUGGAUGUUUAUUAUCUCGUACUACACUAUGCCUUAUAACCCUUAAAGUCCUAUCCAGCCCUUGGCGAUAGCACACUAGGUCCAGAAAUCGUAGCUUUCUACACGGAUUCCAAGAAAGAGACCGACGAUAUAAGUACAUAUUUUCCCCGGCAUCUGACAUCUAAUGUGUCAAUCAAUCACUAUAGGUACCGAUGACGGCAUAACAUUCAUCUCCGCCAAUAGGAAAACAAAUCCUCAGCAACCGAUACAGAAGAUCACCAGAUACACGCAUAAGCAUUCUCAAGGAACAUUCCCUAACAAUAAGGACGGCGAUAUUACUCGUCCCUUUGGUCAGAUCAAACUAAAGCUUAUGCAUACUUCCGGAUCAUGUGGUGAGCCGCAACCUCUGCCCUUUCCUGAAAAACGUGAGUAAAUUUGGUAUAAUACAUGUUGGCGUCCCUUUGAGAGAUCUUGUAGUUAUCCUCAUCCGUUUAUCCCCAGAAUAUAACUAAACAGGGGCACCCAAAAAGAAUAUAGUUCAAAACCACUAAAACAUAGCAUUGUUGAAAGUAUUUUAGUAUUUAAACGGUAGAUAUAGGUGUAUUUUUAUCCCCUAAAAUUUUUUAUCUGUUUGGAUUUCCUAGCUGAAAGUCUAGUGAUCCGAAAAAUUGCCUUUUCGAAAUUUUCAACCAGAAAAAAGGCUCCCGAAAAUUCUGGGUGACCUUUUCAGCGUAAAAAUCCUUUUAACAAUGGGCAAUUAUACCAUUUUUUCGAUGUUCAAGAAUCCUAGGAGAGGCAAGCAAGCAAGAAAUUUUACAACAAAAAUUCUAGAUCUCAAAUCUUCUUCCGAACAGAUAUUUUCCAAAAAUUGACGUUGGGUGCCCCCUGGACUAAAUAAAGUCAAACUCCGUUAAUACGGACACUGGUGGAGGGGGGGGGGGGGGGCAAAAAAGGGGCCCGUUUAAGGGGGGUGAAUUUUGGAGAAGGGGAAGGGGUUUUUUUCCCCCGGGAUAAAAAAAAUGGUUGAAAAAAAGGGGGGUCCCGUUUUUGGGGGGUUGGGUAAAUGCGGGUUUUAAUUGUAAUCAAAAAUAAUUUUGUUUUAUAGUGUAUGAAAGCAACUGUGGAAAGGAAACAAUAAAUAAAUAUUAGUACGAAUUUUCAAAAACUCAUGAUUAUCUACCGACUGGAAUUAUCCAAUGACGUGGCGUGGGGCCGCCGCGGACGAAAAAGAGCAAACAUCCGGUAUUAAGGGCCCGGAGGGGGGGGGGGGGGGGGGGGCAUAUAAAGUGUCCGUAUUAAGGGGGUUGAAUUUAGAGAACGUGUAAGAGCUUUCUUUCCCCAGGGAUAAGCAAACUGUCUGCAAUAAUGAGGUGUCCGUAUUUAGCGGGUGUCGGUAAAUCGGGAUUUGACUGUAUAUCUACAAAAACAGGCAGACCAAAGUUGAUGUAACCCAAGUAUUCGACGCGCUUUCCUUGCCGAAAAAUGUCAGGCAUGUCAUAGUUUCCAUAGUUUAGUUCAGUUCAUUUGAUAAAUUCUUUAUAUUCAGUUCUUACAAAAAGGUGCACUUCAUUAAGUCCCUGGAAUAACCCAUCGAGGAAAUUGAUUUUGUAAUUUUCUUCAGUCUUCAUGAAUUAAUCACCUGUAUAACUGUAUAUGAAUGAAAACAAGCUUGAGGAGUGUGAAUGUAUUAGAUUUUUUAGGAAGUGAUCAUAAUCAAAAUAACAACCGAUUUAGAGAAGUUCCAAACCAAGAAUACUAGUAGAAACGAAGUUAGGAACUGCUUGAGAUCUGUGGUCACAGAACUGCAUUAAGUGGAGGGAUGGUUUGGAAGAAUUUGGAUUUUGUUUUUGCAGAUUUUGGAAGCUUGACCGCACACAGCUAUGCCAAACAAUAAAUAGCCCUGGAUAAGCCGCCUGUCCACAAUCGUUCUUUUCUUUUCUAUUCUUUUACGUUUUUUAAGAACUUUGCGUGCAUUGCUGGAAGAAACUCGAGGCGCGCGAAAAAAAAAAAAAGGAAAAAGAAACCACCAUCAACCCACCUCCUUGCGCUAGCAGUCAAUAAACCGCUCGCAGUUUUAAUUUUCAUGCAGGCACGAGUGUCUGGGCGCUUUCAACGAUCUCUAACGAGAAAAUAGAGACCUUUAGAUUCUAAGAUGAGGACCAACUAAUAAGACGAACUACGAGUACGAGGUUUUCUAGUGCGCGCGCGUGAACCAGUGUCAUUUUGGCGGGAAAACGUGAUAGCCGAUGUCAAUCUAAUACGAGUUUUAGCCAGAAUGUCGUAAUGGCGGAAACAAGUUAUCAAAUAUUAGAAGAGUUUCAUCAUUUCGGAGUCAGGAGAGGGCUUAACCUCCUUCAAUAAAGAUAACAGUGCUAACUUUUCUGGUGAAAAAAAAAAGUGCAAUGAGCUUUUCGGUGUGUAUAUUUUUUGCAAUACACGACAAAAACUUUCAGUCAAAUUUCGUCUUCUUAGUCGUCCUAGUUCUUGAAAAUUUUUUUAAAAAAUUCUUAAGACUACUGCAAAGCUGACCAGAACAACGUGUAUUGUUUUUUAAUAUGAAGAAGGCUGCCCAGCCGAAAUAUUGUUAUGAAAAAACAAUACAAGUUUUUCUGAUCAGCUUUGCAGUAGUCUUCAGACUUUUUUGAAAAUUCUUAACAUUUUGGCUGAUUAGAUCUCUUUUCUAGACAUCCAAAGUUUAUAAAAAGCAGGAUCUUCGUCCACGGUUUUUGCAGUUAAUUUAAUUCCAAGUUGAAUCUAAAGGUCUCUAAUAAAUAGAACGUCUGAGCUGCCUAAUUUGGGUACCUCUCAGCCGAGUAUCGGUUGACAUGUCGGCGACUCCUAAUUUUUCUUUUUACGUUUUAGCGCAACGAGUACAUUGUAAAGUAUCUCGAUGGACGAAAUGGACUGCGUGCUCAGUCACAUGCGGUCGAGGCAUUCAGCUUAGGGGCCGAGCAAUACUCAAGCAGCCAAUGAAUGACGGCUUACCGUGUCCAACAUUGAGAGAAUCCAGGUCUUGCUUUAUCCGCAACUGUUCCAGUAAGUUGCUCAUGAAUUGACAAUUUCCCAGUGCCAAAAACUCUCACUUUCAAACGAGGCUCAGUGCAAAACCUUUCUUGAAAAACUGAAUUUUAUUUGCAUGAGAAUAAGAACUCAUUUUCGUAUAAAUGGCUUCGCACUUAGCCUGGCUUUGAAACAGAGGCCCAGAGUAACUCGAAUGACCUAUUGCCAACCCUAUUGCCAUGUUUUGAUCAGGUUUUAUGGUGAACGCGGAGGUGAAAAGUAUGCAAUGCGGCUAGGCUGCUAACCAGCCUUAACUUCUAAUGGACUUUUUAAAGAGGAAUAAAACCUAAUCAAAUUUCCCUCAGAAAUUAUUUCUUCGAACAAGUGGAUCAAUAAAUGAACUUAAGUACCUCAAACGAACGUUUGCCAUCAGUUUCAUGCUUUUAUAUUUUCUAUAAAAAAUUCUUCCUUUACCAUCUUCUCUUUCAAAAGCAAAAUGAUAAUGAUGAUACUCCCAGUCUCCGAGUUGUGUUACGUUCACUUAAUUUGCUGGUGCCGUUGUGGCACCGUUUUUGUACAAGAAACCUCGAGGUUGCAGCCUCACCGUUCUUGUUCGACCUUUGGCCAGCCCUGGCCCAAAGGGUUCUAUUGAUGACGAAUGCAUUGCUAGCGAGUGGCUGGCGACAUCUUUGGUCAUAAUAAGAACAGCAGCACUGUUGACAACUUUUUCGAAGAAGAAAGCAGGCGCCUUUGCGGCCCUUGGUGUCUUAACCUAUAUUUCUGAAGCCCAAAAUGACAUUUUUCUCAAAUCUUUUUAAACAUAAUUGAAUGGAAAUAGAAAUUAAAAACAAAUUAAAAACAAAAACAAAAUAAUACUGCCGAGACCAGGAUUCGAACCUGGGUUACUGCGGCCACAACGCAGUGUCCUAACCACUAGACGAUCACGGCGAGCCACGCCUCACGCGGGCUGAGAUAAAGGGAAAAUUUAAAAGGCUAUCUCCGAGUUGCCUUAAACCGCUGUUUAAAACGAGGCUUAGUGCGAAGCCAAUGGCAGGAAUGAAUGGGUUUCAAUUGCUAUUCAAGUCACAUUUUCACAAGAAAUGUUUUGCACUUGGCCUUGAUUUGAAAUUAAGUGAGGAUUUUUGAAACUCGAAAGUAGACUGGAGACGAGUGAAAAUAGACUGGAGAUUAGUGAGAAGUCUUUGUAGACCUUAUCAUCUUAAUUUUAUCAUCUUAUAGCCCCUUUAGUAAAAAGAGCAAACACGAGUGAUAAGAUAUCGAUUUGAUUAAGAAACCCUGUUUUUGUCUCGUAUGUUUAUACUCUUAGAAUUGUGUUUUGUUGUCGAUAUUUCUCCCGCCAGAUUUUCGCCCUCCGAAACGAAACUGCAGGCUGUCUUCAUGGUCGUCCUGGACUGAUUGUUGGGGCACUUGUACCCGAGGUGGCAAAUUUCGGACGCGGACAAUACUUCAAAAAGCAGGACCAGGAGGGAAAUCUUGUAGAGACUUCGAGCUCAUAAAAUUCAGAAAGUGCAAACUUGAGAAAUGCCCUUUAGAGAAAAGCAACGGUAAGGACAUUAUUUUUAAGUUUAAACACUGAACAAGUUAACAACUUAUGGGUGUUCGCCAUUUACAUGAGUUCCAUUGUACGUUUGCCCCUUCUCAAACCAAAACUGGUGGUAAUGUUUUCAGUUUAAAACGCAAACGUUUCUUUAUGUUCGCCCCCUGAGAAUUCAUUAAUUGGAAUUCUCUUGAGCAUAGACUAGGUUUUGAAAUUGGCCCGCACAAUGGAAGACAGUAAUGUGACUCUUGACUAUUUGGUUUUAAUAGCAUGGUCCUUAUUUAUGGAUGAAUAGCUAGACAGAUUCAGUGCCACGUGAUUCUAAAUCUCUCAAAUAUCGCUUUAAAUAACCUCUAAAAAGACAUUUAUUGGUGUAAAAAAUAAGCCACUCUGUAGUAUUUCUAACAUGUACUCCGCGCCACUUUUUUGAAUGCAGAGAGGUUCUUGCUUGAAACUAGGCUGCUUUCUUUAAUUUGCUCAUUCUCUGCGAAAUUAUUUGAGGACAACCGUGCGGGUCGGAUAGCUUUCUUUUUAACCCCAAAGCGCAAACGUUUGAAUUGUUUGAGAUACCAAACACAGUUACUCUUGAAGAAAAAUCCAAGUAAAAAGUACAUUGAUUCGGCUUCAUCUUAUCUUUUCAGAUUGCAUUGUAUCCGGUUGGUCGCCCUGGUCGCCAUGUUCUAAGAAGUGUAACAGAGGUAGACAGCAUCGACUAAGGAAAAUAAUAAAACGUGAAACGACUGGCGGGGCCAGCUGCCCUUCAAAGCUAAGAGAGAGGAGGAAAUGUGCCAAUAAAUGUCCUGGUAAG